CUUUCUUCAUUUUCCCUACUUAAUUAUUUGGAGCCUUGGAAUAACUGGCAAUGUUAUUGUUGUCAUAUGACCAGAAGUUUACGAGGUCACAUGUUCAAGCCUUGGAAUCAGCCUCUUGCAGAAAUGCAAGGUAAGGUUGUGUACGAUAGACCCUUGCGGUUAGGCCCUUUAUUGAAUCUUGUGCAUAGCGAAAACUUUAAUGCACUGGAUUGUCCUCUAAUCAUUUAGUGUCCAAAAAUUAAUCUGAAUUACCGCCAAAUAGGACAAUUAAGUAGUGUGAGAAAUCUCUUGCCCAACUAAUCCAAAUUCUUGUCAGAUAGGUCCACUUGGGAGGUAAAGUUACCUACCAAAAGGUUUUCAAUUCUCAUGAUUAAAACUGUGAGAUAUUUGGUUAAGGAUGAACGGAUCGUAAUUAUUCCAUCAUACUCUUUGGUGAUGUUGGCAACCUCUUAAAAAGACUAAUCCAUACUAUUCAUGUCAGAUAAGUCAACAUGGUAUCAGAAUCCUAUUGGACGGUCUGACUAAUUCGGAUUCAUACCAGCUAGGCUAUAACGUAUACCUAUCGAAAGUUUUUCAAACCAGAGGCUUUGUUAAUGAUGGAGCGAUCCCAAUCAUUCCAACCAGACCCCUAUGUGUGUUUGUGAGCCUGGAUUGUGGAUCAUCAGAAGCAUACACUGAUCAAGAAAAUUCAAUAGAUUGGUUAGGAGAUGAAGACUACGUUAGCAAUGGAGAAUCAUAUGUCGUACAAUCCAACAACUCAAUAUCACUCGUAAUGGACACAUUAAGAGUGUUCACAAACAGGAAAAAGAAUUGUAACCUAAUUGAUCAAGUCGAAAAGGGUGGAAAAGUUUUAAUUAGAGCUAGCUUUUACUAUGGAAAUUAUGAUGGGAAAUCAAAUCCACCAUCAUUUUCACUUCAAUUUGAUGGAAAUCAUUGGGCUAAAGUUACAACUAUGAGUGACAAACUUGUCUAUUAUGAGACAAUUUAGGUUGUUAAAGGUGAUUAUGUUAGUGUAUGUCUUGCUCAGACGGUGCAUGAUCAGUUCCCUUUUAUCUCAGCUCUUGAAGUUCGUGGCUUGGAUUCUACUAUGUAUAGUCAUGUUGAUUCUAAUUAUGCUUUGUUCAUGAGAAGUAGAGUUGCUUUUGGUUCCAACCAAAUUAUAAGGUACACAGAUGAUCCCUAUGACAGAAUAUGGGUGCCUGGAAAUUCAUUAGUAUCAGUGAUUAGUGAUGCCACAGUCAUUGACACAAGUCAUGGAGAUCAACCUCCACAAAAAGUGCUACAAAAUGCAAUUUCCCCAACCAAUUCAUCAAACAUCAUAACAUGGAACAUGAGUUUUCUUCCCAUUGCUAGUAAUGUUCCAAUCUACAUGAACAUGUACUUUUCGGAAGUGACACAACUUGAUUCCAACCAAGCAAGGUCCUUCAUGAUUUUCAAAGAUACUGAGUCUUUCUCAGACCCAAUUUUACCACCUUAUGGAAAUUUUACUCAAUUGUAUGUUAGCAAUCUCACUGUUUCACCAGACACUACUUUCUCUAUUGUGCCUACCACAAAUUCAACACUUCCCCCUCUUAUCAAUGCCUUGGAAAUAUUCAUUGUUGGUGAUGCAUUGACUGAUGGAACAAACAGCCAAGAUGUGGAGAACUUAGUAUCACUGCAAAAGGAAUUUGAAGUAUUACAAGGCUGGAUUGGUGAUCCUUGUCUUCCAUCACCUUAUACAUAUGAUUGGGUUAAUUGCAGCAGCAAUGAUCCACCUCGCAUUACAGCACUGUAUUUGAGUGGAUUCAAUCUGUCAGGAUCACUUCCAGAUUUUAGUUCCAUGGAUGCUCUUGAGAAAAUUGAUUUGAGCGACAACAAUUUGGAUGGACCAAUUCCUGAUUUCCUUGGCACCUUACCGAACCUUAAAGAACUGAAUUUAGCAAAUAAUCAGUUCAGUGGACCAAUACCUGCCUCAUUAUCAGACAAAAAUGGCCUAACAAUAGAUACUUCAGGCAAUUCAGAUUUGUGCAGUGCAUCAAAUGAAUCUUGCCAGAAUAACGAUUCAUCAUCAACAGGAAAUCAACCACCAACUCAAUCCUCCAAUAAUAAAUCACCCAAUAAGAAGAAGAAGAAGAAAAACAAACUACCCAUAAUACUUGGCACAACAAUUCCAGCAUUCUUACUUGUGUGGGCUAUUGUGGGUAUUUUUGCUAUUUUACACUACAAAAACAAAGUGGCUACUACAUCUGCUUCUGUCAACCCAGGACAAACUAGUGGAAGUAACAGUCCUUCUGGAGGAGCACAAGGAAAUAAUGCAAAGGAUGUUCAAAUGGCUGAAAAUUUUGAGAAGGUUGAUGGUCAACAUGAGAACUCAACAAAUGUCUAGCUUUAACUUGUGUCUUAACUGUAGAAAUAAUGCCAUGGUUAAUUAUAUGUAUAUUUUAAAAAUAUUAAAUUUAUUAUUGAGUUUUCUAAUUAUAAGAUAUUAAGUAAAUGCAAUGUAAUGUUUAAGGUCUUAAUUUGUUGUAAGUAAGGUUUUGUUGUUUUUU